AUGGAGACAAACAUCGAGCAGAUUUUCCGCGAUUUUGUAAUGAAUAAAAUCAAAGAAAUUGAAGAUGAAAGCCAAGAUACCAGCCUCACAGAAGAACGUCAUUGUUACAGUGGAGGGCUACAGUUUGAGGAUGUUUCAGGAAAAGGAGUCGCUGAUUCAGUGUCAAGCCCCUUACAACCAGUCGCUGUUGAAGCAACAGGCACCUUCACAGGCAAUAUGAAAAAAGAAGGCCUACAAGCCCCAGGCCAAAAAGACAAACGCGAUGCUAGACAUAAGAAAAAUAAGAAGCACAAGCGACAUAAAAGCAAAAAGAAAAAGAAGAAGCACAAGGAAGAGAAAGAAAGUAGUUCAGAAUCUGGUUUGGAAUCAGAAAGAGAGACUCAAAUGGAAGGAAGUGUGAAGAAAAAAAAGAGAAAGAAAAAGAAGAAAAGGAGAGAAAUAGACAAGAAGUCUGGUUCUCACUCGCAAUCAGAAAGCAGUUCAAUAUCUGGGACAGAGUCUGAUUCUGAAUUGAAUCCACCCUUAGUUGUGGACUCCAACAGUCAAAUGGAAAAGGCUUUGCCUCUUUCCUCUGUGGGUGAGGUAGGGUUGAAUUCUGGUCCGACUGCAAAAGAACACAGUUCAGCUCCAACAUCUGGUCCAGUGCAUGUCCAGACAUUAGCAGAGCAUUCAAAGACAUCAAAUAGUGGUUCUAAUAAAUUACAGGAUCUUCCUGAUAUUAUUCCCAAGCUUGAAAACGCAGUUAAGAAGAACAAAGGUACCGAAAUUAGUAAAGAAAAGAAGGGGAGAAGCCGAUCUUCCUCACAGUCUAAAUCCUGUGCACUAGCUGAGAUUAGGAAGGCAAGACGGAGCUGUAGCCACUCCCAGAGUCCAAAACAGGCUUCAGGUAACUCUCAUUCUCCCAGGUCUAGGUCAUCUUCAAGUAGAACUUCCAGAUCUACUUCUAGGAAGAACAUCAGGUCCAGAAGACAGCCCUCACGGUCCAGAUCAGACCGACACAGGUACAGAAAUUCAUCUACUAACAGGAGAGUGCAUAAAUCCAGGUCCCAGUCUCGAAGUCGACGACAGAAAUCAAGUUCUAUUUCAUACUCCCGAAACAAAAGGGACAGAACAAGGUCCCCUCGACAUAGAUCUUCUGCACGAUCCCGCCUAUCAAGGUCAAGGUCUCGAGGACGCCGUCGGCACUCUGGGUCUCGUUCAGCCAAAGGGAUUAGACAUUCAAGAUCAAGGUCGAGGUCUCGACGUACCAGAUCAAGAUCAAUUGUUGUCCUGAGGGGGAACAGGAAGUCUAAAUCAAACUCACGGUCUAGGUCUCCACGUCACACCAAACGUUCGAGGUCCAGGUCCCGAGGGAGGCAAAAACGUUCAAACUCGAGGUCCCAGUCAAAACAGCACAAGUAUAAAUCUUCCAAGAAAGAAUGCAGUUCUGAAAAUGAGCCAAAAUCUAGGUCUGUUUCACAAGAUAGGCUGAGUAAAACUGAAGAACAUGAAAAAGGUUCAGUUGUACAUACAGGUAGCGAUAGCCAUGCUGAUUUAAGUUCAAAUACAGAGAAACCCAAAAAUCUUGCAGUGCCUCUUAACUCAUCUCUCUCCCCUGAAGUGACAUUAGAAGGCAGUGUAAGGACUGAGGGGAACCUUGGGGCUCCUAAAGGGUCCUGGAGACCAGUUCCUUUCUUAGUUGAUGGCUCUGUUUCUUCUGUAGCUACUGAGCAUAUUGGGGACAAACCUUCAGAGAAGUGCAUUAUUCCCGAAAUGCCUUUGAAUACGCAGUGGCCACCCUUGAAAAGUGUCCCAGGGCAAACUUUACCUUGCUCUGAGAAGAAAGAGAAAGGAUUAACCACAGAUUGUGAGGCCACAUCAGGAUUAGGAUCAUUUCUGAACAAGUCUGUAGCUACCCAACGGGACAAUUCAACUCCAUCGAGAAGACAAAGAUCCAGAUCUACAUCAUCAGGUUACCGAAAAGGAUCAAGUUCUAACUCCUCAUCCCCUAGGAAACGCUCCAAAUCACCUUCAAAGAAGUCUUCAAAAAAGAGGAAAUCGCGUUCACCUUCUCACAAUGGCAAAAAGAGGUCUAAAUCUAGGACUCCGAUGAGAAGAAAGUCAUUGACUAGAAAAAGGAAGUCUAGAUCUAAAUCCAGAACUCGAACAAGGCACUCCAAGUCAAGAUCACCAAAAAGGAAAAAGUCACAUUCACCAGUGCACAGAAGGAGAUCCAAGACUUCUGAUAGAAGCAGACAGUCAAAGUCUCGGUCCCCUACCAGAAGAAGAUCUCGAUCUCGGUCUCGCUCUAGAAGGUCUCGCUCCAGUUCCCACAGGAGGAGAACUGGCUUUGGUCGAGUAUUAAGUCAACGGGACAGAUGGAAACGUGAGCCAAGCCACUCCCCUGUGCUCAUCCUUCGUAAGAAGAGAUCAGCUUCACGCACUCGUCGCAGUACUAGCAAGACACCACCACGCCUUACAGAGCUUGAUAAGGACCAGUUACUGGAAAUUGCAAAGGCUAAUGCUGCAGCUAUGUGUGCCAAGGCAGGGAUGCCUAUCCCUGAAAGCCUUAGACCCAAAGCCAUUCUUCAGCUACCCCUACCAACACCAAAUCCGUCACCAUUGUCUUUACCCUUACCCCUCCCUGUUAGCCUGCCCCUGGGUAUGCCCGGCAUUUCUAAUAUGACCAUGAGUGCUGCUAUGGCCAGCAUGACUGCUGCCACUAUGACUGCUGCGCUUUCUAGCAUGGGAGCCCUAGCUGCUAUGUCACCAAUGGCCCCAUUACCUACAAUUACAAACAAACCUCCACCUGCACCAACACCAAAUCUGGCCAGUAUUGAGGAAGCAAAACGAAAGGUGACCAAACAGGCAAACAGCUUCAGCAUAAAGGAGCUCACAGAGAAAUGCAAGAAAAUUGCAGAGAGUAAAGAAGAGAUGGCUGUUGCUAAACCUCAUGUGUCAGAUGAUGAAGAUGAAGAAAAGCCUUUUGGAGGUGUUGCCCUCAAGGAGAACAAGGGCAUCACUUUCAGUCUCAAUAACCCCUUGGUGAAGCCAGCGGUUCGGUCGGAGGCUGCCUUUGCCAAGGAGUUUCCGGUGUCUUCAGGCUCUCAACACCGCAAGAAGGAGGGAGAAGGAGCAUAUGGUGAGUGGGUCCCUGUUGAUAAGAGGGCAGAAAAGGCGGGAUCUUCUUCACUAGCUCCUGGUGGAGCUGAAAACCAGAGCAAAGACAUCGACAGUGUCUUCCCUGAUGCACCAUCACAGCCUGUGGAUAUCACGCUGGCUGUUAGCGAGAGGGCAGUAGCACAGAAGAGACUGGCAGAGAACCCUUUUGAUGUCAAUGCAAUGUGCAUGUUAACUCGGGCUCAGGAGCAGGUGGAUGCAUGGGCCCAGUCCAAUACUAUACCAGGACUCUUCACCGGUUCCACAGGUGCACAAGUGCUGUCAUCUGAGGAGCUGACCAACAGUGGGCCACAAGCAUGGAUCAAGAAGGACCAAUUUCUGCGAGCUGCGCCAGUCUCGGGGGGUAUGGGAGAGUUACUGAUGAGGAAGAUGGGAUGGCGUGCCGGAGAGGGGCUGGGAAAACACAGGGAGGGCACGGUUGAACCUAUCGUGAUCGACUUCAAAACUGACCGCAGAGGCCUUGUCGCAGAAGGGGAGAAGACCCAGAAGUCUGGCAAUCUGGUGGUGAUGAAGGAUCUACUUGGAAAACACCCAGUGUCUGCUUUGAUGGAAAUGUGCAAUAAGAAGAAAUGGGCUCCCCCAGAGUUUGUCAUGGUUCACCACAGUGGACCUGACCACCGCAAGAACUUCCUUUUCAAGGUGGUAGUCAAUGGGAAUGACUACCAGCCCCAGACGUCCAGUCCUAAUAAGAAGCAUGCAAAGGCAAUGGCGGCUACCGUGGCCCUGCAGGCCAUGGGUGAGGUGGCCGGAGACAGUGUCCACACGGGUCCAGUUUUCACUGCAGCCACCGGCACCUGAUAACCCAACUAAGACAAACCACAGACACACAGAAGCACAUUUUGUUAUAAUGACUGGGUUUUUUGUUUGUUGAAUAGUAAGAAUUUUACAAAAGCAUUGAAUAAAUCUGUAAGUUGUUGGUAAAUAAUUGCUGCUUGAUGCUUUGUCACUUUGGUCAAGUAUUUGAGAAUUUGUUAAGACUACCCCCUUUCAUUAUCAUCUAAAGCAUGUCUGUGUGGACUAGAUCGGUGAACGUAUCGUAGUGCGGAUUCAAACAUCUACCCCUAUGACCACCAAAAAGAAAGCGCAGGCUUGAAAACCGAUCAUUUUCCAGUGCAUCCAAAGACUGCUUUUUGUGCUUUUAUUUGUAAAUGAGCAGUUCAAUCAAAUGUUGUAAGCAGACUGUUGUUUCAAAAAGCAACUAGAUUGUUCUGUGAAAAUGCCAGUUUAUUAGUGUA